UCGGCAGUGAGCAGGCACCUGCAUGGGGCGGGGUGAGGCCCUACAUGUAAGGCGAGCCUGGGGCCACCGUCUCUUCCCUGCCCUGCCCUUCACAGCUGCAGAAGGACCCGCCACAGCCUCCAUUGUUCCCCGUCGCUCUCCAAACUUCCCUGAAAGACCAGGCCAGCUGUCCACCUGCACACGUGUAAACCUAAGAGUUCCCUUUGUGAGGAGCCUGAGCUGCGGGAGGCAGGAAGCUGGUCUUUUCCAGGAGGCCGGCAGUCCUCGCCCGCCUCCAAGCCGCUCCGAGUUUGGAUCUUGGUUGGGGGCAGGUUGGGCAGAAGCCAAACCUGGGCACCCAGGCGGUUCACCACGGGCUGACAGCCCCCUGCCCAGCUCCCCUCAGAGCCUGGCCUCCUGUGCCUGCCCUGCUCCCCUCACCUCUGGGCCACAGGGUUGCUGUUGCCCAGAGACUGUUGCCAGGCCACCACUGUUGUUCCCCCGGCAGAGGACUCACACCACUUUGCUGGGCAGGUUCACCGGGGUCUUCCUUUCAUCACACCAGGGUGCUGCUUCCUGCCGGUCUUUUUACCUCACCAGCCGGCACCACCGAGGCCAAGCAUGGCAAAGCCAGACAGACGGUCCCUGCAGAGAAAGCCUCGCCUGGGAUAAACAGGAUGUACAGAUGGCCCUGCCUCCACAGGGCACCAGGCACCACAGUCACCACAGAGACAGGAGCCCGCCGCAAGCUGAAGCCCACGUCCAGGACGCCAGGAGGCACUCCUCCCCAGGGCUAGGACCACAGAUGGCCCAGAGGCCCCACAGACGGGUUGGGGUGGUGUCCUCCCAGAGGUGCCCUUGCCCCGGGGUUUCCAUGCCUGCAGCCCACAGCCAUAGCCGCUUCAUCCACCGUCGGGGGCCACCCACUCGGACCCAUGUUAGUGGGAAGAGAGGCAAGCGGUCCAGGAUGGCGGGGGUCCGGCAGAGCCACCCCCGAGGGCCAGGCUGGGCCCAUGAGAGACCAAUGAGGAGCAUCCAAGAGGAGCAGCUCCUACACUCGCUGAGCCAGCUGGGACAAGAUGCAGACCUCCUGGAUGACACUGAUGUUGCCAGGCCUCGGACCACUCUCCUGGAGAGACACCUGUUGGAGGGGGAGAAGCAGCCACACAGCACUGGGCAGGGGCCCUACUUCUACAUUGGAGGGACCAAUGGGGCCUCCAUAAUCAGCUCCUACUGCAAGAGCAAGGGCUGGCAGCGCAUCCAGGACAGCCGGCGAGAGGACUAUAAGCUGAAGUGGUGUGAGGUCAAGUGCAGAGACAACUACUACAGCUUCCGGGAAGGUGAGCAGCUGCUGUACCAGAUUCCGAACAACAAGCUCCUCACCACCAAGAUCGGGCUGCUCAGUGCCCUGAGGGAAUACUCAAGGGUUGUGAACAAGAUCCACAAGACAUCACUAUGUGCCCAGGCCAAGGUCCUGAAAAUGGAAGAAUUUUUCCCAGAGACCUACCGUCUGGACAUCAGGGAUGACAGAGAGGCUUUUUUCACCCUCUUUGAUGAAAAUCAGAUAUGGAUCUGCAAGCCCACUGCCUCCAACCAGGGCAAAGGCAUCUUUCUGCUCCGGAACCAGGAGGAGGUCGCUGCUCUGCAAGUCAAGGCCCAGAGCAUCGAGGACGACCCCAUCUACCGCAAGAUGCCAUUCAGGGCGCCUCAGGCGCGGGUCGUGCAAAGGUACAUCCAGAAUCCACUGCUACUGGAUGGGAAGAAGUUUGAUGUGCGCUCCUACCUGCUCAUUGCCUGCGCCAUGCCCUACAUGGUCUUCUUUGGCCAUGGCUACGCCCGCCUCACCCUCAGCCUUUAUGACCCCCACUCCAGCGAUCUCAGUGGCCACCUGACUAACCAGUUUAUGCAGAAGAAGAGCCCCCUGUACGUGCUGCUCAAAGAGGACACAGUGUGGAGCAUGGACCGCCUCAACCGCCACAUCAAUGACAAGUUUAGGAAGACCAAGGGGCUCCCCAGAGACUGGGUCUUCACCACCUUCACGAAGCGGAUGCAGCAGAUCAUGGCCCACUGCUUCCAGGCUGUCAAGGCCAAGCUCCACUGCAAGCUGGGUUACUUCGACCUCAUUGGCUGUGACUUCUUGAUUGAUGAGAACUUCAAGGUGUGGCUGCUGGAGAUGAACUCCAACCCCGCUCUGCACACCAACUGUGAAGUCCUGAAGGAGGUGAUUCCAGGCGUGAUCGUGGAGACCCUGGACCUGGCAUUGGAGACCUUCCAGAAGAGCCUGCGCAACCAGAAGAUGCUGCCUCUGCUCUCACAGCGCCGCUUCGUGCUCCUGCACAACGAGCGUUCCGGCUCUCCUCCCUGCCACAGUGGAGCCGUUCACCUGGCCAUGCAGAGCUCACAGAGUGGCCUGAGGCCUCUGUGACACGCUUCCUUUUCCUGCUGCCUCCAUAAUCCCAGGCCCUAAGUGGGUGCAAUGUGAAGAGAAGUGCACCUUAGCAGAACAGCUUGCCUUGUCCUAACUGAGCCUCCUCCCGGGGCUCCCCAAAAGGCCUAUUUGUUGCUCUGGGGUCCCUGGCACCCCCUGAGAGCCCAAGUGUCAAUAAAUGAAGUUUCCCAAGAA